GGGCUUUGUUUAUUGAUGUGUUUGGGCCCAUUAAGUCCAUUUGGAUUUGAGCUCACUUUGUAUAUGAGGCUUCUCUCAAUAGUCUGGCUUUUUUGGUGGGCAAGAUCUACCAACAAUAACAGCAGGCAGAGGAGUUAUUUGCCUGUUGAUUCAAUCAUGUCUUGCUAUUUAGAUCUCGAGUCUGGCAAGUUUUGGUUCCCUGCUCAGGUCAUCCAACUUCUCUUGAAGCUCUUUGAUCCUCGACCCCCGUUGGAAUACAAGCCACCUCCGGAGAAAAGAAUGGCUCAAUUCGUAAGUAAAUUCGCCGAGCCAGGGGAUCCUGAAUAAGCUCCACCAGUACCUGGAGUUGAAACCCCUGUAGGGUUUCUCCUCAAGGACCGCUUCUUUUCAAGUGCUUUGUACUCUGAUUUUUUUUUUCCUUUCCUUUUCUAGCUUGAAUAUGCUAAUGGUGCUGCAAUUUAUAGUCUGUGAUUUAUGUUUCAUAUUCUACUAUGUAAAGUUGAUGGUGGCUGAAGAAUCCUCAUGGAGAACACAUCAAUCAUUUGUUCUUUUCACUAAUUCAUUUUAAUAUGAUCCAAGUCCCCUUUGUUUUGUUUAGCUGGUACAAAAAACAUCCCCUCAGUUAUGCUCUGCAACAUUGACAUAUAUGAGAUGCCGAGAUGUGCUAGCCUUACCAAUAAUGGUCUUUGUCUAUUGACAAUGGUUGGGAACUUUUUGUGCUGUUGCUUUCUUCUCAAUUUUCAGAUAGUUUUUUGUUCUGCGUAGCUUGCUGCAUGUGACGCGUUGAGCUGCUUUUUCAGUGAGGUGCUCCAAUCUGUUUUCCUUCAUGCUGUUGCAUGCCUUUUUUGUUCGUACUGACUCUCUGUUACGAUUAUUAUGUCAUUCUCCUUCUGUUAUUCUGUUGGGGUCUAUGCCUCUCUGUUUACGUUUCUAUUUGAGCAGCGUGUGUUUUGAUUGGUUGGAAGCUCGGACCAUUUCUUUGCCCAAUUGGAAGCUCCAAUAGGAAUAGGA